AUGUCGAGUCUACCAGAGAGGCCAUGGACUGAGGAGGAGAAGUACACUCUACUCACCGAAAUCCUGAAAAAGGCCCGGGUUCCUUCAAGCUAUCUUGUGAGAAUCAUUCGGGAAUUCGAUAUUAAGCCAAGCUGGGCGGACAUACCCUUUCCUCCAGGUACAGAUCCGCCGGCACCUUCUGCUUGUCUUCUGCCUCUGGCACCCUGGGCCGAUGCGGCUCGUGUCCUGAUCUUGUUGAUCGUGUAUCUGGACGAGGCUCGGCGCUCCCUCAACUCCUGCCAGCUGGCAUUCUAUAACAUGUAUCAACAUGCCCCGCUUUCUGCCAAUCCAAAUAUUGGACCGUUCCCCCCACAACCCCAUGAGCCCUCCGUCCCGGCUCCGAUUCCACUGGACAAUGUUAUGCGCAAGAGGCCGUUUCCUCCGGACAAGGCAAUCCGUGUGCCACGCGCGAUCCAACCACGUCCCGCAACCAGCACGGCUUCCUACAGCAGUGAGAGUGGUGCAUCGGCACUUUUGUCCCCGAGCUCGGAGAGCAUCACUUACAGAGGCGAGCCCGCUCGGAAACGAGGUCGACCUAGCAAGGCCGAAUCAGAGCGGCGCAAGGCAGCUGCUGAAGCCCGGGGAGAGACAUAUCCACCUCCACGGCGAUCUAGCUCCAACAAGGUAAAAGGGUCGUCUACGCCUGCGAGUCCCUCCGGAAUCGGACCCUUAGGGCCGCCGUUCAACCCUCAAGCCAGCAGCCGACCGUCGGAUCCAUUGCAACAUGACAUGCGCUACGUCCCUCUGCCGGGGAGACCACUGGCACUGAUGGGUCCGAGUAACGAAGAGCGACCGAGGAAUCUGCCAAAUCAGGAAAUGGGUCCUACAAUGAGAGAACUCCCACGCCCACCAGAGAUACGGCAGACACUUCCUUCGCCGCAAGCCUUACAAUUGGGGCAUAGGGACCCCCUCGCGCGGAGGGAACCUGGGGCACCCUUCGAACCUCGCCCGCCAGACAGAACCCCGUUUAUGGAGAGCAACCGAAGGAGUCUAAUACACCCUCCCAGCAGACACCCAGACGACCCGCCUACGUCGGCUCCGGAAUUACCAAUAAGCAGACCUUCUGAGAAUAGACCAGAAUGA